UUCAUUUUCAGCAACGACACGGAGGGAAGCUGUCAUGUGAAGGUGAUUUUCCACCGAGACAAAACAACAACAGUUACUAAUAAACAGAAAUGGCCUCUGCAAACAUUUCAGAGGAGUUUCGGUGCUCCAUCUGUUUGGAUGUUUUCACUGAGCCUGUUUCCACUCCCUGUGGACACAACUACUGCCGGGCCUGCAUCAGCAGCUACUGGAGCUCCAGGGACAUCAUCCAGUGUCCGCUGUGCCAAGAAACCUUCCUCACAGCCCCCAAACUGAGAGUCAACACCGAGUUCAGAGACAUGUUGGAGAUUUUCAAGAAGACCAAACAAGCAGCAGGUGAGGAUGGAGGAUCCCCGGCCGGGCCUGGAGACGUGCCCUGUGACCUCUGCGAGGGGAAUAGGAAACGUAAGGCUGUGAAAUCCUGCCUGGUUUGUUCGGCCUCUUACUGUGUCGUUCACCUGAAGCCCCAUCGCACCGUGCAGAAGUUAAAGUGGCACCAGCUGAUCAACCCCGUGGAUUCCCUCGAGGAAAGGGUCUGCAGGAAGCACAACAAAGUGAUGGAGUCUUUCUGCAAGAGAGACCAGUGCUGCGUUUGUUCCGUGUGCCUGAAGGAAGACCAUGUGGGGCAUGACGUCGUCUCUUUGGAGGAAGAGUUUAAGGCGAGGAAAACUAUGCUGCAGGGUGCAAAAACAUCUAUGGCCAACGCUAUAUCAGAUAAAUGCAACACGGUUAUAAGGGUGGAAAACUUGAUGAUGGAAAGUAGGCAGAAGGUGGAGGAAACUAAGGUGGAAGCGAACCAGGCCCUCGCUGGUUUGGUUGCCGCGAUUCUCAGUAAAAAAACUAAGCUGAUGGAAGUUUUGGAGGAGAAGCAGGAAGCUGCAGAGCAAAGGGAUAAAGCACUAAAGAGACAGCUAUGGCUGGAGAUCGCAGAACUCCGUGAGACGAGUGUGAAGAUGGAAGAGGUUUUAAAGACAGAGGACGAAUUUGGACUCCUGCAGAACCUACCACCCAUCCCCUCUGCAACAAACACAAGGCAUUGCUAUACAGAACACAAAAGUCUCCUGCAAGUAGAGAAAGUCUUGAGAGCGGUGGUUAAAAUCGAGGAGACGCUCAACGAACACAUGGACAAGAUUAUCAGAGAGGUCCUUCAGGUGGAUGAGGAAGAGGAGGCCUUUGAAGAACAGCAAACAGGAACCCCGUUUGACGAUGAACUUGAUAAGAUCCAGGUGCAACAUGCAGUAAAAGUGACUUUGGAUCCCAUCACAGCUCACCCUUCCCUUUUCGUCUCUGAGGACGCAACACAAGUUUGGGAUGGAGUCUUCAAGAGGAACAUCAGUGACAACUCUAAAAGGUUCGACUCGCUCCAUUUCGUCCUUGGGAAUGAGGGGUUUUCCUCCGGGAAAAUCUACUAUGAAGUAUCCCUUGAAGGACUGACUGGAUGGGAAGUGGGAGUGGUGAAAGAGUCCAUGAACAGGAAAGGUGUCAACUUGUUGCUUACUCCAGAAAACGGAUGCUGGACGUUGGGGUACUAUUCGGGACGAUGCCAGGCUAACUCCAAUCCUCCGGUCCACUUGCCUUCGAUUAAAAAGCUCCAGAAGGUCGGGGUGUUUGUGGAUUUGGAAGAAAGGUUUGUCUCUUUCUACAAUGUGGACACGAGGGCUCAGAUCUACUCGUUUACAGGGUGCGUCUUUGAAGAUGCAUCAUUUCUGAGGAAAAUACGACUGUUUGGGGCGAGGCCCAAGAUCUACCCUUUGUUCCGACCCAGCGCUGAGAAAGGGAGCGCUCCUUUACGGAUCACUAAAGUCAGAUACACAAAAAUAAAGUAGAGCGUCCUACUCGGACAAGAUCCUGGGGUUUGUUAUUUCUUAACUUAUUAAUUUCAUGGUUAAAAUAAAAACAGAAAAAACAACAACUUUAUAUUAAGGAAACAAUGCACAUAUGUGCAAAUAAUACUAUAAAUAUUGUGAUCAAUAUUACUUUCUAUUAUAGUUUCCUAUUUCUACGACAUUUCGCUCACCUUUAUUGUGACUCUAUUGAAACGUUUAUAUUUUAAGACUAUUCAAUGUUUAAUGCCUAAACACACUGCUGCUCAUGUAACACAGUAUAUAACUCAUUGUACACGUUUGAUUUACUCUAUUGAUGUUGUGUUGGUGAUUUUUGAGCAAUCUCUGAAGGAAUAAUUUAUUUGGGGGGUUUAUUAAGUUAUAUCUUAUCUUAUAGAAUAAUCAAUAAUAUUAUUCAGCUAACUUUUAUUUGGCUUCUUUAGUCAAACUCGUGUUUGGGUAUCAUUUGCCAUUUUCUUCGGCUGUUAAGAUUCACUUUUAGUUGUUGUUAUAUCAAAAUAAAAUAUAGUUGUAAUGA